CGCACGCACAUAAUACAAAAUCUUCCCUCGUAUUUGUGUAUAUAUAGGGUGGGUGUCUAAAACUUGUCCAAGGGAACACAUUUCAUAUUUUGGUCACUAGGACCAACCAAAGCCAGAGAAACAAAGGAAACCAUUCAGUCCAAACAUGGACUAUUCUUCCAUCCCAUACCCAAAUUCCGAGCACUCGCCGGAAUCCUCAUUCGGAUCGCCGGCCCAAUCUCUCUCGUGGGACGAGCUUCUCUUCCACCACAAUUCCCUCCCAUUCAAUUUCAAUGACUCCGAGGAAAUGCUUCUUUUCGAUGUCCUGGCCGAGGGAGCAAGGGAAAGGGACUCGUCCGAGGCCAAUUCCAAUUCUUCCGGUGGAAUUAAGGAAGAGGAAGUGACUUCCAACCCGGCGGAAAGGGAAUUCAAGAAGGAAAAGUCGUACAGAGGGGUACGCAGGCGGCCUUGGGGGAAGUUUGCGGCGGAGAUAAGGGAUUCCACUAGGAAUGGAAUCCGGGUUUGGCUGGGAACGUUUGAUAGCGCUGAGGCGGCCGCCUUGGCCUAUGACCAAGCCGCCUUUUCGAUGAGGGGAGCCAAUGCCGUCCUCAAUUUUCCGGUGGAGAUGGUCAGGGAGUCCCUUAGAGACAUGAAGUACGGUUGUGAUGAAGAUGGUUGCUCCCCUGUGGUGGCGCUAAAGAAGAGACACUCCAUGAGAAAGAAAUCAAUGAGCAGAAAACACACAGUCAAAGAGGUGAAGGUAGAGAAUGUGGUGGUGUUAGAGGACUUGGGUGCUGAAUAUUUAGAGGAGCUACUUAAUUCUUCGGUGUGUGCUACUUCUUGGUGAAUAAACACCACACCACCUCGAUCUUCAAAAUAUUCCCUUUUUUUUUUUAUGUAUCAAUCCUUAAUUAGUUUCUUUGUUAAUUACUUUUUCUUUUUUGCCUUUUUUUCCAUUUUGAUUUAUCUUUGAGAAGCAAAGAUUUCAAGUGGAGUUGAUCCAAUUCAAAGUUGGUUCUCCUUGAUUUUUUAUUAUUAUUAUUUUUUCUUUUUCUUGUAAAGUGAUCUGUAACAUAUUGGCUAUUUCAAAUUCUCAACUAUUGGAGAUUGAAUUA